CUUCCACCGGCCGGUGACAUGACUACUCUUCACUAGCCAGCCGACGGUCAGACGCUGCCGCAGCCGCCGCCUUCACAAAUCGAGGUCAGCGGGAAACCGAGUGACUCGUGGGUCCGCGCGCGUUUCUCUGCGUUAUCGCUCCGGCGCGGCGUCCACUCUCGCAGUCUGGUGUCGGUGGCUCGACAGGAAAAGUUUCUUGCCCGCGGGACUUGCGCGACUAUUUCCACCCCUUUUCUUUUCCCGGCUACCACUUCGCCUACUUCGGACGUCGCCGAAGAAGUCUUCAUCGUCCUUCCUGCCGACGACGCGGGAAAUGAAGUCCGCGGCACUUCUCAGUUUUUUGGGGGCGCUACUCGUGCUGCCAAAGUCGAGUGAAGCUUUCCGAGAUGGCUCUCCGCAGCUGUUUAACAUCACUGACUACCUGUCAUCGAUAUCGGACUCACGGCUGCGAGCAAGAGCAGAAGCUGCGCUGAUUGCAGAGCAGCACACCAAGUCACCUGAAUGGCUGGGAGAGUUGGCUGGCUGCCCAUCACCGCCCCGCUGCCCACCCAGCAGGUACCGUGCACAGGCUGGCCUCUGCAACAAUGUGCGCCGACCACUGUGGGGCGCUGCGGGUACACCCUUCCUCAGGCUCGCGCCGCCUGGUUACACUGAUGGUCUCAGUGGUACACCACAGCCUCCUGGUCUGCCGCCACCACAGAUGGCAGCAGCAGCACUGACCAAACUACAGGCUGGUGUGAACGAGCAUAGCUAUGUCACAGGUCUCGCUGCUGUGUGGGGUGACAUGCUAGCCCACGAUCUAGCAGCCACCAUCAACAUUAAUUCAGUGGACUGCUGUACUCACAAUCACCCUGAGUGCUACCCAGAGAGGAGCAAUAAAACGUGCAAUGCCUAUAUGAGGUCAUUGCCAUCGAUUUCAGAUGACUGUAAACUAGAGGUACGAGAGCAGAUGAAUGCAGUGACAGCUUUCCUGGAUGGUUCAGCUGUAUAUGAUGAGCUGGGACCAUCUUAUCGCAAAAUGGAAGAGGGAAGGGUUGACGUAGAUGCAUGUUCAAGGUGCCAAGAGAAAUCUGCAUUAGGGGCUCUUUAUUCUGUACUUCUUCAAGAGCAUAACAAUGUAGCAUCCAAACUUGCUGCCUUAAACAGCCAUUGGUCAGAUGAAACUGUAUUCCAAGAAGCUCGUCGAAUUGUUGUGGCUGAGAUUCAACACAUAACUUUCAAUGAAUUUUUACCAACAGUCCUGGGACAGGUUGUAUCCCAGAGGCCGGAACUGAAACUUAAAGAACAAGGGUAUUUUACAAGUUAUUCAAGCUCAAAUCAUGCUGGAACAAUCAACAGUGUGGCAACAACAGCACUCCAAAUUUUCCGUUUCAUGGUACCUGAAUCACUGAUGGACAGCAAAAAUGUAUCAAAAGAUAGUUCAGAACCUGUGAUACAGAAGUUACUGAAUACACCAGCAUCCAUUCCAUUGGCACAUACACCAUCUACCUCUACAUCAAACUGGAAUGUAGCAUCCCUUUUGAUUCAUAGAGGUCGUGAUCACGGGCUUCCACCAUAUGUGCAAUGGCUUAAGCUGUGUCCUAUGUCAUCUGACCAUAGCAGACAAACGCACAACAUUCCAGAAGAGAGUCUUAGUGUCCUUAAAAAAAUCUACAGUGAUCCAGGCUCGAUAGAUCUGUUUGUCGGUGGUGUGCUGGAGACAGAACUUGAUGGGGCCAUUGUUGGCCCCACCUUCACCUGCCUAUUGGCUCACCAGUUUGCGUUAGUACGAAAUAGUGAUCGCUUCUGGUAUGAGAAUGAUCUCCCUCCCUCAUCAUUCAGCAAAAAACAACUACAGGAACUCAGAAAAGUCACUCUUGCUGGCUUGCUGUGUGCUAACAUGCCAACUCUUGAACAGGUACAGUCACGGGUGUUUAUUCAAGAGGACCCAUAUCUGAAUGUACGGAUUUCAUGUGAACUGCAACCAAGUCUUGACUUGUCUGCCUGGCUUGAUGAUGAAGUAAUAAGUUCACGUGAUAUUAAAAUGAAAGCUGUUGAACUGUUCCCAACAGACUUAUUAAUGCAAGCUAUGGAGAAAGCAGAGGAAUACCGCACAGAGCGUCAACAGAAGGAAUAUGAAUUUUGGAAGAAAAAUGGAGGAGCAGAUCCAAAGUCUCCUGUGGGUACAGCUGCUGCAUUCAGUAAAGCCAAUAAAUACUCUCUUCAUUUAGCUAACACAUCAAUAUUGCUGGAAUUUGCAUCUGAAGAAAUUCUUAAUUCAUUGCAGAGACUACGAAGAAGUCGCCGACAGGCUCUGUUCGAUGCUGUAAGAGAUGAUAUCCUAGGCUUCUCUGCAGAUUUAGGAGAUGAUUUUGUCACAAAUGGUCUGCAGAGUAUAGACAUCAGGCCAUUCAUACCAGCUGGAGAAUAUUCACCAGACUGUGAUUCACCAGAAGACCGAGCUCCAUGUGAUCCAGCAUACCCAUACCGCAGCAUCACUGGCAGGUGCAACAAUCUGCGAAACCCUAAUCUCGGCAAGAGCACUAGCACAUUUGCUCGCCUUUUACCUGCAGCCUAUGAGAAUGCAAUAGCGAGACCACGGCUGAGCUCGGUGUCAGGGGGUCCAUUGCCUUCUCCACGCCUCAUAUCCACUACAAUUCAUGUUGAUAUCAGCAAUCUACAUAAUCGGUACAGCCUAAUGUUGAUGCAGUUUGCACAGUUCCUUGACCAUGAUCUUACAUUCACUCCAGUUCACAGAGGGUUCUUCACUUCAAUUCCUGAUUGCCGUUCAUGCAAUUCACCAAAUACAGUGCAUCCUGAGUGCAUGCCUAUUCCAAUCCCCAGGCAUGACCAUUUCUAUCCACAAGUGAACCAGACGACUGGAGAACCAGUGUGCUUGCCAUUCAUGCGCUCUUUACCUGGACAACAGCACCUUGGACCAAGAGACCAGAUUAAUCAGAACUCAGCAUUCUUGGAUGCCUCUCAAAUUUAUGGAGAACACACAUGCUUGGCAAGACAACUAAGAUCUUUUGGUGGACGUUUGAAUGUGACACAACAUCCAGUGCAAGGAAAGGAUCUUCUCCCUAAUUCACCUGUACAUCCGGAGUGCAAGGCUCCUUCUGGAUACUGUUUCAUAGCAGGUGAUGGACGUGCCAGCGAACAGCCAGCUUUAACAGCUAUUCACACAAUAUUCAUGAGAGAGCACAACAGCAUAGCCAGGGCACUUUCUGCCGUGAAUCCACAUUGGGAUGAUGAACGUCUAUACCAGCAUGGCAGACGAAUCCUCACAGCAGCUUUGCAGCACAUAACCUACAAUGAAUUUCUUCCAAGACUGUUAGGAUGGAGUGCUGUGAACCUAUAUGAACUAAAACUGCAGCCUCAGGGAUUCUAUAAAGGAUAUAGUGCUUCUUGUAAUCCAAGCAUAGUUAAUGAGUUUGCCACUGCAGCUUUUCGAAUUGGGCACAGUCUUUUACGGCCACAUAUUCCUCGAUUUGGCCCAAAUUACCAGGCAAUUGAUCCUCCUAUAUUGUUACGAAAUGGCUUUUUCAAUCCCGACAUGAUUUACCAGGCUAACAUCAUUGAUGAAAUCAUAAGAGGCCUUGCAUCAACACCUAUGGAAAAUCUGGACCAGUUUAUGACAGGAGAAAUCACAAACCACCUGUUUGAGGAUAGGCAUAUCCCAUUCUCAGGGGUUGAUCUUAUAGCACUCAAUAUACAAAGAGGUCGUGACCAUGCUAUACGCCCAUACAAUGACUACCGUGCACUGUGUAAUUUAAAAAGAGCUUCUAGUUUUGAGGAUCUUUCAAGGGAAAUCCCAGCUGAAGUUAUUACCAGAUUGAAACGCUUGUAUCCUACAGUAGAUGAUAUAGAUCUCUUUCCUGGAGGAAUGAGUGAAAGACCCGUGCAAGGAGGAUUAGUUGGACCAACUUUUGCUUGCAUUAUUGGGAUUCAGUUCCGACAGUUGCGAAAGUGUGAUAGAUUCUGGUAUGAAAAUGAUGACCCAGUUUUGAAAUUCACAGAAGCACAGCUGGCUCAGAUUCGAAAGAUCACAUUAUCUAAAAUUUUAUGUGAUAACUUGGAUCACCCAGGUGAAAUGCAGCGAUCUGCAUUUGAUCAGCCAAGCUCAUUUUUGAAUCCCCGAGUACCAUGCCAUUCACUACCAGCCAUAGAUUUUAAUGCCUGGAGAGAGACACGCCAUGGCUGUCAGAUGGGUGGACGAACAUUUGCUCUUGGAGAAACAAUUUUCCCUUCUCCUUGCACAAGCUGCAUCUGCACAUCGGAAGGUGCACAGUGUGCUUCGCUGAGGAUAUCGGACUGCAGUCAGCUUGUGCGAGAUUCAGGCCGCGAUGCAGUGUUUCGUGACGAUGUAUGCACAGCACAGUGUGGAUUCCUGCUUCAAGUACCUGAUGGCGACUCACCUGCUGCACCAUUGCCAUCGAGAGCAAGAGAACUUUCUGUACCCAUAGGUCUUUUGCCACCCCCUCCUAGGCAGAGACCUAGGCCACGACCGAGAUCACCACGUCCAGCACCUCUUGGAGUAGCAUUUAAACUGCCUGACCUAUCAAGUUUUGUUGGCUGAGUGCUGUAUUUCAGAAUCCAAGAAUGAUAUCUUGUAUUUCUGAUGCGGUGAAAAGUGAAAAUGAUCUCCCACAAAGGUUCUGACACCAUAUCAGAAACAAUUGUUGCUGUCAAAUCAGAAAGUGAUGAGGAUAACCUCUUUCACACUACAAAAACAGUUCAAACUAACAACAAUAAUGAUAUUACAGUGCCAUUCAUGACAUGCUGUGUGUACAAAAUAUUGUACGUACAUUGCAACCGUUUUUGUUUCAUCCUCCAACAUAGUUAAAGGCACAAUAAGCAUUGUAAAUGGCAUCUCAUAUACUGUAAGAGACUGACGUUUUUCGUACUCUUUCUCAUUAUGAUAAGAAAGAUAUGUUUGCUAUUCCACAGAUACAGAUGAUACUGGCCUAAAAUUACUUGUCGAUACCAAAGCCAAUUGUAAAGCUUGUUAUGUGAACAUUCAGUUUAAGGAUCUAUGUGUAAAACUUUAACACUAGCCAGUUCCUCAAGUAACAAAGAAAGACUUGAAAACUCCUGAAAUGUUAUGAGAGACCCCUCCCCCCUCCCCCUUCCCCAGUCUGACAAUAGUUAUACAUAACCUACAGAACUGAAAGGAACAAAGUAUUACAGUUGAAACUUGGAAGUUUUGUGUGUGCACUGUGCAAUAAUGUCCCACUGUUUAAAUAAUGUCAAAAGAUGGUCACAAAAGUGUCAAAAACAAAACUAAGUGGCCUCAUGAUUUCAUACCUUCAGCAUGAUGGGUUUCCAAAUGUAGAAAAUUUAUUCUCACAUAUAUAUAGGAACCUGCUGCACACAAAAAAGUUUAAGUGUGAAUGAAUGAUAUUGUAAGUGAUACAAUCAUGUUUAAAUCUUAUUAUUGUCAAAUGAGUAAAUUUCUAGAACGAGUGUCUUCUUGUUAAGCAUGAAAGUGUGUUAGCCAGUAAGCUAUGUUUAAAGCAAAUACAUACAUAUGAC